CAGCCUUCCCUGUGGGGGAGCAGAAGUUCUCAGAGCAGCUGAGCCAAUGGGAGACAGACAAUUCAGUCAGCAGAAGUCAGAAAUGCUGAAAAACCUGUACUGACAGUCAGGGCGAGUUCCCUUACACAAGACACAAGAUACAGACACUGAAACUGGCUCCCAUUGUGGCGACGCUCAUGGAACACCUCAGAUCAUGCUCAUCAACGCAUUUCUAAUUUAGACACUUUCUAUUAAAUGACUUUAGACAUGGGGACUUACUCGGACCAGAGGGAAAGGUACAUGCAAAAUGGGCAUUCAGAAAACGGGAAGACCUCUGCUUUCCCUGACAUGGAGCUCCGGGAGGAAUGGCAGGAUGAGGAGUUCCCCAGACCUCUUCCUGAAGACACACAGAGUCCUGGAGAUGAAGAGGAAAGCCCUGGAACUGAGGGAAACAGGCCUGUCCCUCCAACUAGCCUGGCUCUUACUGGUAAUACCAUCAGGAAGAAACGACUAGUGGCGCCAACUCUUAGUUUAACACUGGACAAAACCUCUACUGACCGGAGCAUGAAAUCUGAUGAGUUUGAUGCUUCUGCCCUUUCACCAUCUCCUGAUGAUGACCUAGAGAUAGACAUUAACCUGGAGGCCUUAGAGACACCCUCAGACAGCGAGUCUUACAACUUUCCAGACAGCAUGCACGACUUAGAGUGGGAAGAUGAUCUUCCCAGGAUGGGCAAAGCAGCAAUCAGAAAAGCCAGUUUACUGGAGCACGCAGAGAUGGGACACCUGGACUUGGAUCAGGUGGACAGUAAUGGGCGACGAUGGAGACGAUUUCAUGUUGGCGGCCAAGACUACCAAGUCAACAUGAGCGUUCUGGAGCCAUACCUUCAGGUUCUUUCCCACGGAGGAUAUUUUGGGGACGGAUCGACAGCCAUCAUUAUGUUCACCUCCUGCUACCUUCCAGAAAAUACAACAGAACACUAUGAAUAUGUAAUGGACAAUCUCUUCAGGUACAUUAUUGGCACGUUGGACUUGAUGGUGUCUGAGAACUACAUAUUGGUGUAUUUGUGUGGAAUGGCUCCUCGCAAUAAGAUGCCUGGGAUUAAGUGGCUUCGACAGUGUUACAUGUCCAUCGACAGACGGUUAAGAAAAGACUUGAAAGGGCUUUUCGUGGUUCACCCAGCCUGGUACGUGAGAGCGUUAAUCACCGUCAUCAAACCCUUCAUCAGUGAGAAAUUCAGCAGGAAGAUGCGUUUCAUCCACAGCUUGCAGGAACUGGCAGAGUUUGUUCCUGUGGCCCAGCUGCAAAUCCCAGACUGCAUCAGACAGUAUGAUGAGCAGAUGAACAGGUGAAGGUUUGUGAUGGAAGGAGAGCAGAGGUGUACAUACUGUACAGACUUCACACUGGACUGGGGUGACUGACAUGCAUGUGAGAUUUGGAGCUGGCUGGGGUUAAAGGUCAAGCUUUAGGGCAAAUGCCCUAAUGACAGAAAAACAGCUUCCUGCCACACGGCUCUUUGAUGAAAUACAAAGACAGUGUUGUGCUUCAGAGAGACACAGCUGUGUCAUGCUGCAAGGUGGGUCAGGACAGUUCUGUUUGACGUCAUGGCUUUUAGACUGUUACACAAAAACAGACAAACUUGUUAUGUUUCGCAAACUGUAGAGAAUCACAUUAAUUGAUAAUAAUUAAUUUUCACAAAACUUAUUAUGUUUAGGCAUGAGAAAUACUUCUAUUUAAACAUUUCAUUUUUGCCUUACAGCGAACAUACCCAAAUUAGGAUAAAUAUUAGUUUGAAUAUUUGCACUAAAUGGAUCCAAAAUAUUGUACGUUAUCUGAAACCUGUAGAAACCAACAAAUGUAUAUGGUUCAAACUACUAUCUGGCUGUUUUUAUAAGUCUUGUAAAGUGGUACUGAUUUUAUUUUAUUGAAAUUGUUUUUAUAUAUUCUGUAAAAUGCAUUGUAGUUGAGGGUUUAAUCACGUGUGAAAGUUUUUAGCACAGAUGCAGCAAUGCUCAAACUUAUUGCAAAAUCAGAACGCUAUUAGAAACGGAGUGUGUAAUAUUGCUGUAAGAAGCCGCAUUGUUCAGUUUAUAUUUGUACAUACUUGUUGCAAAUAUAACCGUGCUUGGUUUUCUUCUGGAAUAUGGAAGGGAAAUGCUCUCUAAUAUUCAGCUGCUGCUGCCUGUAAAGUGGCCCAUUGAAUGUGCUCUCAUUUAAUAGACUCCUAUGUGCAAAUAUUUAUACAAGGCCACACCUGAACAACCUGAGCUUAAAAACUGCACAUACUACAUGUAUGUCUCGUCUAUGAUAUUUAAGGAAAUAAAGGGUUAUAUUAAAACA